AUGGCGGAUCGUGAGGCAAGGUUCAACACCGAUGUCGUCGUCGACACGACGCCUAUGCCCGACCAUAUUCCAAAGGUCAAAGAGAUUGGAGCUACAUCGGCGCCUUUACUGAGCGCAGCCUACUUUAUCGGCGCGAGAUGUCGACCAUACAACGACGACUACAUGCAGUGCAAGACCGAGUCCUACGGUAGAGGAGAGCUUGACUGCAUGAAAGAGGGCAGAAAAGUGACGAGAUGUGCAGCAAGCGUGAUUGAUGAUAUCAACAAGAACUGCCUGGAAGAGUUCCGAGCGCACUGGAAUUGCCUGGAGAACUACAAUCACCAAUUAUACCAGUGUCGAAGACCGGAGCGAGUACUGAACAGAUGUGUUUUUCAAAAGAUUGGUUUGGAGAAAACAAUUCCCGACACGCCCAAGGGCCAGACACCGAUUCACCUGAGGGACAAACAAACGUUCGCCGAUAGCACGAGGGUAGUAUACCCGUGGGAGAAGGAUGUGGGCAUCAGAAAAGACCAGGCAAACCAACCCUCAUGA